AAAAUCGCCCCUUGGCGUUUAAUGUGAACUUGACCCGGAAGUGUUUGUGCGUGGUCACUGACCUUAGCAAAUGCACUCUGUGGGCCUCUCCUAUUUUGGAGAUUUUUUUGUGUGUAUGCAAAUAAUGACAGACUUGUAUUAGUCUGGGACUGUAAGAUCGAAUGGACAUAUAAAAAAAAAUCAAAGUAAAUUUUUUAAACAUCCACAACAAACUGACAGUGUGUGCACUGAGCGGUAACAUGCUUUGCUGAUAUGCUAGCCUCUGUAUAAGUGUGUAGGCGCUUGAAGGAUUUCGGGAAUCAUUAGCUAACGUUAUUGUUAUUCCUCUGCUGGAUAAUACAGCGAUUAGUGCUGGAGCGCGUUUAUAAAGUCACUGUUCCGUUGUGUUGGAGUGUGUUUUGAGUCAGGCUUUGUGCACAUCCUUACUGUCUGGGCAUCUUUGCAGUGAUAGAGCUGCUAGCUAGCCUCUGCUAGCGCCUCUGACUCGUGUUGGAGUUGCAGAAGGAAAAUGUCAGAUUUUGACGAAUUCGAGAGACAGCUAACGGAGAACAAGCAAGCUGACAGAGAUAAGGAGAACAAGCAUCACCGGAGGAGCAGCUCCAGGAGCCGGAGCCGGAGCCGAGAGAGGGACAGGAAAAGGAGGAGCAGGGACAGAGAGAGACGAGGAAGCCGAGACCACCAUGGGGACAGCAAGGACCGCAGACACAGGCGGAGUCGGUCUCUGCACCGUGAGAAAAAGAAGGCCAAAGUGAAAAAGUACUGGGACGUUCCUCCACCUGGCUUCGAACACAUCACGCCCAUGCAGUACAAAGCCAUGCAAGCUGCUGGCCAGAUUCCUGCCACUGCCCUGCUCCCUACAAUGACCCCUGAGGGUCUGGCUGUGACUCCGACUCCUGUGCCGGUUGUGGGCAGCCAGAUGACGCGUCAAGCUCGGCGGCUCUACGUGGGCAACAUCCCCUUCGGUAUCACAGAGGAGUCUAUGAUGGACUUCUUUAACGCCCAGAUGCGGUUGGGUGGCCUGACUCAGGCUCCAGGAAACCCAGUUCUCGCUGUGCAGAUCAACCAGGACAAGAACUUUGCCUUUCUAGAGUUCCGCUCGGUGGAUGAGACGACGCAGGCCAUGGCGUUUGAUGGUAUCAUCUUCCAGGGACAGAGUCUGAAGAUCCGCCGACCGCACGACUAUCAGCCACUGCCAGGCAUGAGCGAGAACCCAAGUGUUUAUGUGCCAGGCGUCGUCUCCACUGUGGUGCCCGACUCGGCUCAUAAGCUCUUCAUCGGUGGGCUUCCUAAUUACCUCAACGAUGACCAGGUGAAGGAGUUGUUGACUUCGUUUGGCCCACUGAAAGCCUUUAACCUGGUGAAGGACAGCGCCACUGGUCUCUCGAAAGGCUACGCUUUCUGUGAAUACGUUGAUGUCAACAUCAGUGAUCAGGCUAUCGCUGGGCUCAAUGGCAUGCAGCUAGGGGACAAGAAACUCCUGGUCCAGAGAGCCAGUGUCGGAUCCAAGAACACUACACUGACUGGGAUCAACCAGACGCCAGUGACACUGCAGGUGCCCGGCCUGUUGAACAGCUCCAUGAACCAGAUGGGUGGCAUCCCCACUGAGGUGCUGUGUCUGAUGAACAUGGUGUCCCCCGAGGAGCUGCUGGAUGACGAGGAAUACGAGGAGAUCGUAGAGGACGUCAGGGAAGAGUGCAGCAAAUAUGGUCAAGUGAAGAGUAUCGAGAUCCCACGGCCUGUUGAUGGCCUAGAGGUGCCCGGGACUGGCAAGAUCUUCGUGGAGUUCAUGUCUGUGUUUGACUCUCAGAAAGCCAUGCAAGGCUUAACAGGCAGGAAAUUUGCCAACAGAGUGGUAGUGACCAAAUACUGCGACCCUGAUGCCUACCACCGCCGAGACUUUUGGUAGAGGUGGAGGAAGGAAAAAGUGAGAGACUUGAUGGAGUGUAUGAUAUUUUCCAUUCCCUGUCCUUUGUCUGUUUGUGUGUGUUUAGGUUUUUAGGAGUGUGAGAGGGAAUGAAACGUUUUUGGAAUAACUAGUACCCUGAUUGGUGUACUGUACACUCAACUUUGGUGCCGUUAUUGGUUUCUUCACUGGCUAACAAACGUCACUUCAGGUGUGGUACUGUGAACUUUUGGCACCUUGCAGUGGACUCUAAUUAGAAAACUAAUUAGAUUGCCUUCAAAAAAAAAACCCAAAUCCUGCUACACGCCGACAUGUGUUUUCAGGUUUUUUUUUCUUCAUGUGUGUGAAGGUAGAGGUUUGCCCUUCAUUUUGUAAACCUCCCGCUGACUCUCAUUCCUCUCCUGAGUGUCACACAGUGAGGGACAGGAUCACUGGACGAGGAGGGGGUUUGAGAGAGUUACAUGGACAUGGAUUAAGGAGGUUUUUAGGGGCAAAUCAUAAUUUCAUUUUUUUUAAUCAACAUUUGAAGACGUACUGCAAGAAGUCCUUGCUUUGAAGGAUGCUGGAGUUAUACUGUUCAACAAAAAACAGUUCCUCGUUUUUGGACUUUAAUGGUGUUUGGACUUUAAUAAAUUGACUGUGAAGAGUAAAUAGCAUGGUUAACGUGAGAGACCACACAGUGACUUGCUUUCUUUGUAUAUAGAAUCAUCUCAAUACAGAAACAGGCUACUGUAUAUGUUUAUCCCAAGUUUAUUACCAUCAUCUUUUUCAUUUCAGGAACAAAAUGUCUCCUCAUUUUUGUUUCGUAUGACUUUUUUGUUUGUAAGACAUUUUCUCCUGAUCUGAUCUAACCAAGUUUGUACUCAGUGAAAUAAAUAAACAUCUUGUUCUCAUUUUUUUUUCCCAUCUAACAUGUCCACUGCUGUUUUUUUUUUUUUUUUUUUUGUAAAAAAAUUGUAAAAAGCGAGUUAUAUCAUCAUGCAUUGACCGUGUACAAGGACCAGUAAAAUCAUUUGGUAUAAUAAAGUCUAAUCAUUCAAAGGGUUUCUGCAUAACCGCAAUGUUUUGAAGUCACAAAUCAUUGCUACUGCUCACUGCAACAUGUGGUGGAGCUCUUCAUUUCAGACUGUGUGACAGCAGUGGGCAGUUAGUAUUUGGACUAUUUUAAGAGAUGGAGGGCGCCAAGCUGUGACUCUGUCAAUUUUCUGGCUGGGAGGUUUGGGGUAUCCCUGCUGGUUUCUGUCUGUCUUCAGUUGUGCUUUUCUUUGGUAUUCUAUUUUUUGAGGAUGUGAUUUCUCAAAUUCAUAAAUAAAAGAAUCUUAGGGGAAAAAAGCUGUCUGUCUAUAUGCAUUGGUUAUUUGAAAUCAGGGUUUCAUAUCUGUGGUCUGGGGUGGUUUAGUGGUUAGCACUGUUUACUCGCACCUCUGGGAUUGGGGGUUCAAAUCCUGCCUCUGCCCUGUGCACGCAGAGCUUGCAUAUUCUCCCCGUGCUUUGGGGCUUCCUCUGGGUACUCUGGUUUCCUCCCCCUAGUCCAACGACGUGUGUUAUAGGCUUAUUGGCAUUUCCAAAAUGUCUGUAGUAUGUGAAUGGAUGUGUGUGUGCGAUUGUGCCCUGUAAUGUGUUGGCACCCCGUCCAGGGUGUCCCCCACCUUGUGCCCUGAGCUCCCUGGAAUAGGCUCCAGGCUCCCUUGCGACCCCGUGUUGGAUAAGCGGUAUGGAAAAUGAGUUGGAUGGGAUGUGUUGGGAGCAGGUUGGGAAGCAUUCAUUCAAAAUGAGUUUUGAUUAUCAAGAAAAACUACAAAUUAGCAAUUCUGUCUGUAUACCUCACACUAAAUUGAUGUUAUCUUCAAACACUCUUCUUGAAAUCUCUCAACAUGGCUCUUGCUGUGUAACUGUUCCUUAUGUUCACGCUGGUGGCUUGUUCCUGUGUGACAAUAUCUUUAAUGGAUUCACCAAAAAAAGUUUAUAUUUGAAAUGCAUGGUUAAUUUAUAAACUCUGCUGCUCUUUACAGUUUUGAGUCUUAUAAAACUGUAGAGCAGCAGGUGUUAUUAGAAACACCUGUACACCUAUUUAAUCACACAAUUAUCCAGUCAACCAAUCAUGUGGCAGUAGCUCAGUGCAAAAAAUCAUUCAGAUACAGGUCAAAAGCUUCAGUUAAUGUUCACAUCAAACUUUAGAAUAGGGAAAAGGGUGAUCUCUGUGACUUUAACCAUGGCAUGGUUGUUGGUGCCAGAUGGGCUGGUUUGAGUAUUUCAGAAACUGCUGAGCUCCUUGCUGAAACACCUUGCUGAUGAGAGACAUCAGAGGAGAAUGAGCAGACUUGUAUGAGCUGGCAGGAAGUCUGUAGUAACUCUAAUAAGCACUCUUUACAACCAUGGUGAGCAGAAAAGCAUCUCAGAAUGCACAACACAUCAAAUCUUGAGGUGGAUCGGCUACAACAGCAGAAGACCACAACAGGUUCCACUCCUGUCAGCAAAGAACAGGAAUCUGAGGCUAUCAUAUGGCACUGAGUGAAAAUUAAGUGAAGCUCUUGACCCUGUAUCUGCAUGAUUUUUUGCAUUGCAUUGCUGCCACAUGAUUGGCUGAUUAGACAACUCCAUGAAUGUGUAUGUGUACAGGUGUUCCUAAUAAAGUGGACAGUGAGUGUAAGA